GACUAAGGGAUGGAUAAGGAAUGCACCUUUGGUGCUACCACGAAGGAAGAAGGAAUGUGAAAGGGAAGUAGUCAACUAGUGCACGCAACGCAACACAAGUCUAACAAAUGGCCAUCAUCAUCUUUCUGUUCGCCCAAUCUCAAACACCCAAACAUCGUCAAACGCAAACUCUGCAACAAAGCUUUCCUCUCCACGCUAAACAAAUCCACAAGGCCUGUAAUUAUGGGAAAUUCGGAGUCAAUGUAUGAAUCUCAAGAUAAUUUUUACCAACAUCCCCCUUCUUAUUAUAAUAGCUAUCAUCAACCGUCUCCUUAUGCUGAGAAUUCAGAGAAUACUACAUAUCAUGAACCAUCUUCUUAUGCUUGGAAUUCAUCAAAUACUACCUACUAUCAAUCCUCUACUUAUGCUGGGAGUUCAGAAAACACUCGCCAUCAACAUACGAGGCAACCCACAUAUAUAGCUGAUAAUUUCAGCUCAUUGGAUCAGGUUGUUUCUUCUCUGAGAGAAGCUGGUCUGGAAUCUUCAAAUUUAAUACUUGGUAUCGACUUCACCAAAAGCAAUGAGUGGACAGGCAAGCACUCAUUCCAUCGAAAAAGCCUUCAUCAUAUUGGAAACACUCCUAAUCCGUAUGAGCAAGCAAUCUCCAUCGUUGGCCAUACUCUGUCUUCCUUUGAUGAAGACAAUCUGAUACCAUGCUUUGGAUUUGGUGAUGCUUCUACACAUGAUCAGAAUGUGUUCUGUUUUUAUCAAGAUAAUAGAUUUUGUCAUGGUUUUGAGGAAGUACUUGCACGCUACAGAGAGAUUGUUCCAUACAUAAAACUGUCAGGUCCAACAUCAUUUGCCCCCGUAAUUGAUGCAGCAAUUGACAUCGUGGAAAGAAACAAUGGUCAAUAUCAUGUUCUUGUCAUUAUUGCUGAUGGACAGGUAACCAGAAAUCCAGAUGUACCGUAUGGAAAGCUUAGUCCACAAGAACAAGCAACCAUUAAUUCUAUCAUUGCUGCCAGUCAUUAUCCUCUCUCGAUUAUUUUGGUUGGUGUUGGAGAUGGACCAUGGGAUGAGAUGAAGUACUUUGAUGAUAACAUUACUGAGCGCUUAUUCGACAACUUUCAGUUUGUGAACUUCACAAAGAUCAUGUCCGAGAACACAGAAGCAUCGAAGAAGGAAGCAACAUUUGCUCUUGCUGCCCUCAUGGAAAUUCCAUUGCAGUACCGGGCAGCCCAAAAUAUACAACUUAACGAUAGAGAAUCAGUUCUUCAUCAACAUAAAAGGCCUCUCCCUCCACCUAAUGAAGUAAUACAUCAUGAUAAUGCACGCAUGGCAAUUCCGCACAUGCCAAAUUUGGAAUCAGCAGAAUCGACAGCUCCAGCUGCUGCCGAACCAGUAUGCCCCAUUUGCCUAACCAAUCCGAAGGACAUGGCUUUUGGAUGUGGUCAUACAACUUGCAAGGAGUGUGGCUCGACAUUAUCUUCCUGCCCUAUGUGCCGGCAUCAAAUUACAACUCGCCUGAGACUGUACACUUGAUGAGGAAGCUUGUUUUAUUUAUUUAAUAUGAUAACCGUUAUACCAUUUGAAGUUAAGAAUGAAAUAUAUAAAGAUUUUGGGUGUAAAAUUCUUUAACCAUGCAGUCAAUGCUCAUUAAAUGUAUGAAAAAAAAAGGUUCAAGUUUUGUUUUUUGAAAUUAAAAAAAAAGGUUCAAGUUCAA